AUGCGCUCGUCUCCAUUUCGCAGAUUUCUUCAUUGGGGUCCUAUUUCAGUUUUAUGUAUUAUAAAGCUUAUAACAUGGGCGAUGGUACACUUAAUAGGCAUGUGGUGGCCACCACAUGAGUCCAUAGCUGCUGCUUUACAUGCUGCGAUAUUUCUAGGGUUAGCAUCUGCUACACUUUACUUCUUCCUCCAGUCUCUUCUGGAAGGACCUGGUUUCGUGCCGUUUGGAUGGAAACCAGAAAAUGAAGAAGAUACAGCAUAUCUACAGUUCUGUACAGUUUGCAACAGUUACAAGGCACCUAGAUCGCAUCAUUGUAGAAAAUGCGGUUACUGUGUCAAGAAAAUGGACCACCAUUGCCCAUGGAUAAACUGUUGUGUGGGUCACGCCAACCAUGGGUAUUUCACGAUUUUUCUGACCUUUGCUGUUCUUGGAUGUUUCCAUGCUUCUAUAGUGCUGUCUAUAUGCGUGUACCACGCGAUCAACCGCGUGUGGUACGUGCACAACGGCACGGGCACCGAGCCCAUGAUCUACCUGACCCUGACCACGUUGCUCCUCACUCUGCUCGCGGUCGGCAUGGCGGUGGGGGUGGUGCUGGCGGUGGGGGCCUUGCUCUACCUGCAGGUCCGCGGCAUACUGCGCAACCGCACCACGAUCGAGGAGUGGAUAGUGGAGAAGGCGUGCGGCAGGCGCGAGGAGCGGGGCCUGCCCCCGUUCGCGUUCCCGUACGACGUGGGCUGGCGGCGCAACCUGGCGCUGGUGCUGGGCGCCGCGCCCAGGGGCGACGGCCUGGCCUGGCCGCUGCGCGCCGGGUGCGGCCCCUUCGACCUCACCGCCGAGCAGCUGGCCCAGAAGAGGGACAAGCGCCUCAGGGCGCGCACGUACGUGGUCCGCGAGGCGUACUCCGGCCGCUGGCUGCCGCUGAGCCGGCCCUGCGCCGCCCUGCACGCGCCCUGCACCGACGAGCCGCGCCUGCCGCUCAGCCCUGGCGACCUGGUGCGCGCCACCAGGCAGCGCAGGCAGUGGCUCUUCGGCGAGAAGGUGGUUAGCGAAGGUCGAGGUCCUCGUGGAUGGUUUCCGAGCGAUGUGGCAACACCGGCGGACCUUAGACCGGACCAGACCUUCGACCUCACCGACAAGGUGAAACCGGAC